AUGGAUGACAGUUGCGCGGUGUGCGCGGACGCGCUCGAAUGGGUGGCUUACGGGCCGUGCGGGCACCGCGAAGUGUGUUCAACCUGCGUCGUCCGCCUUCGCUUCGUACUCGAGGAUUCUCUAUGCUGCAUCUGUAAGACGGAUUGCCCCUCCGUCUUCGUCACAAAGGCCAUGGGAGAUUACACAAAAGUGAUCUUGGAUUUCUCUGUUUUGCCCACUGAGGCAAAUGAGGGAAAUGUGGGGGAGUACUGGUACCAUGAGGAUACAAAGGCAUACUUUGAUGAUGCUGAUCAUUAUAAGAUGAUAAGGGCGAUGUGCCGACUUUCUUGUAGUGUAUGUGACAAAGCUGAGGACCAGGUUGGUCAGGCAGCACAAGCAAAGCGCCGAAGCAGGUUCAAGAGCAUUGAUCAGCUAAAGGGACAUUUGUUCCAUCAGCAUAGGUUAUACAUGUGUAAUCUUUGCUUGGAGGGGAGAAAGGUAUUCAUUUGUGAACAGAAGCUUUAUACAAGGGCACAGUUAGCUCAGCAUACAAAAACUGGUGACUCUGAGGUGGAUGGCUCUGAGAUUGAACGCAGUGGUUUUGCAGGACACCCAGUGUGUGAAUUUUGUAAAUAUCCAUUAUAUGGAGAUAAUGAGCUUUACACACAUAUGUCCAGAGAACACUAUUCGUGCCACAUAUGUCAAAGGCAGCAUCCUGGGCAGUAUGAUUAUUUCCGGAACUAUGAUGAUUUAGAGAUGCAUUUUCGUAAAGAUCAUUUCCUCUGUGAAGAUGAUGCAUGUUUGGCCAAGAAAUUUGUUGUCUUCCAGAGUGACGCAGAGAUCAAGAGACAUAAUGCUAUGGAGCAUGGUGGGCGGAUGUCUCGUGCCCAGAGGAAUGCGGCACUUCAGAUACCUACCAGUUUUAUAUACCAAAGGAAUGAGCAAGAUCAAAGGCGUGGCAGAGGUAGGGGCCAUAAUGCUCACCAUGACAGAUUUGACAGGGAUUUCUCAUUAUCUGUGCGGGAUGGCAGUGCAACUGCAGACCAUGGCCUUGGAAGUCGAGUUGAUAGUGUUGCAGGGCCUUUCCAGUCAUUAAGUGUCAGUUCCAGUUCUGGUCGAAGUCGAACAGAAAUUGGUCGAAGCUUAGGGAAUCGUCGCGUGCUCGAGCAGUUGUCUUUUCCUCCACUUCAAGACCAGGAUAUUCCUGAUGCUAGGAUUGAUGCUGUUCCCUAUGAAACCUUGUUUCCUCCCGUCUCAGAGCAGCAAUCAAGGUAUGCGCUGGCUCUUAAUCAGAGCUCAAGGGGUUCUGCGAGGCUUGGUGAUGAAUCAUUAUUCCCUCCAUUGCCUGGGUCAAGUAACAAGGGUUCUGCUUCAACACAACAGGGGCUGCAAAGUCUUGCUAAGAACACACUUGCAUCAAGGCUGCAACAACGUAGUAAGGGCACCGUGAAGGUACUAUAUUCUGCUCAGUCUCAAACAGGUGAAAAUCCUGAGAUAGUACCUCAUGUUUCCACUUCCACCCAGACAUGGCCUACACCUGACCAGGGGCUACAUCUCUCUGGUUCUUCUCAACUUCGGAUUGUAACUCAAUCAACAAGAGAUAAUGGGCUCAUGCCAUCUGCCUCCAGCGGUUCAGCAUGGAAUUCCAGAGCUUCAAACAAGAUGAAGCACUCUAUUUCGACCCCUAAUUUUGUUUCUGGUGGGUCCUCUGCCCAGGCAUCAUCAAGUACAGCUUAUGGCAAUAAAAAGCAACUGCCACCACAAAGCAGCCAACCUUUGCCUGUUGUGGAGGAUGUUCGACAAGCAAACAAAUCCCUUGUGGAAAGAAUGCGUGUUGCAUUAGGAAUGGAUGAGGAUAGGUUCUCCGCGUUCAAAGAAAUUGCAAGUGAAUACCGUCAAGGCGUCAUUGAUACUUCAGAGUAUCUCUCGUAUGUGGAGCAGUUUGGUAUAUCACAUCUUGUUCCUGAAAUGGCUAAGUUGUUGCCUGAUCCUCUGAAGCAGAUGGAACUUGCUGAUGCCUAUUACACCAACAUGCGUUUUAAAAGUCUCCAAGAAAAUGGCGGUUGUGAAACCAUUACUGUGAAAGAGAACAAGCGUAAAAAUAAGGGCAAGGGAAAAACACUUGAUGCAGAAACAGCUACUGCUAAGGAUGCAAGUGAAUCGCUAGCUGAUAGCUUUAUGGACACUGUAAGAAAGCUUCAGUCGAACAACAAGGCUCAAGAAGGAGAGGCUGCAGUGCUUUCGAAGGAUGGGUAUCGAUCUUCCAAGGAAAAAAUCCCACUAUCAGCUGGAGGGUCAUCCUGUGGUACAAAGAUGUGUCUAGACGGUGAUCCAGUUGCCAUUUCAAAGGCGUCUGGCACUAGUAGGUAUGUGGGCAAGGGUGGAGGAAGCACCGGUAGCAGCAGCAGCAGCAGCAGUAACAACAAACAAUCGAAGAAGACGUCAAAGUUUCUCAGAGCCCGGUUGGGUGACAACUCAUUGGCUACACUUGAUUUUAGUCAUCCUGAUGUGAGCCCUGAACGACCUGAAAGGGAGACACAAGUCCUGCAAACUGGGUUGCCUGUGCGAAGUGUUUGGAAGAAUGGUGCAGCACAGAAGCUCUUCUCCAGCAAUGGAAAGAAAUAG